AUGGGCGGCUCUGAACUCUCAAAUGACGAGGGAGAGGAGACUGCUGAGCUGGUCACAGUUACCUUUGUAGUAAUUGUUGCAUUUUUGAGUCUGGUAGAUGUGCUUUCAGCAGUCAAGGUCGAAGUUUUGGUUCCUACAGCUGUAUCGAAAGUCAGCGUAGUUGUGGCAGCAGAUGAGAGACUCGAGGGAGAACGAGUGCCGGUCACGGAUCCGGAGUUGGUUGCGUCUGUUUCGGCAGAAGACAAAUGCUCCAGGUCUGUGGAACUAGAUGAAGUCAAAGCCCCUGUCACCCCCAACGCUGAGCUUUUCACCCAAGGGUUGGGUUCCGUAGAUGAUGAUACAGACUCGGACUCGGUGCCUGCCGAUCUUGUUGCAGUCGAAACCUGA